ACAUGGGAUCCUCAAUCCGAAGAAGGUGGCUUCUUCAACUGGGCAGUCUGUUGAUGUUGAAUUUAGUUAAUGGCAAUAUAGACUACCAUAACGGAGCCCCUGACAGCCUGGGAGAAAUUGAUAAUUCAUGCUGGGAAGCCUCCUCUCAUAAGCUGAUGGAAAUGAAGAACAUUAGGGCAGCAGACACAGUUACUGCUCUCUGGAAAUUUAUGAUGUUCUUAAAAGAGUCCUCUACGCCCAAGCAUAAUGAUGUCUUCAACGAUUUAGCACAAACCUUCUGGAAUAUGUACAUAGACUGUUUGGUUUCCAGGUCUCAUGGAGUGGGCAAGAGACAACUACGAUUCUCACGCAACACUUUGACAAAUGCACAGGAAACUUCAGAAGGUGUUGCAAAUUUCAACAGUAGGGCAAGGAGAUAAAACUAGAGAAGACAUCAGAAGUGAUGCCAAACUAAAGGAAGAUGGCUGACUUU